AUGGGGAAGAAGCAACAUCAGAAGGACAAAUUGUAUUUAACUACGACUGAGUGGAAAGAAAUCUAUGGAGGACACAAAGAUGAUAUUGCUAAACGAUUGCAAAAGGCGACAUUCAAACGUUUACCCUUUACGCACUGCUCACUCUCAUUUUUACCUUUUGAAGAUCCGGUAUGUUCGCAGGAUGGAAUCAUUUUUGAUUUAUCGUAUAUUAUUCCCUAUGUUAAAAAAUUUGGCGUUAAUCCAGUAUCCGGAAAGAAAAUGUCAACUAGUGAACUUGUUCAUCUGAAAUUUGAUAAAGAUGAUGAAGGUAAUUUUCGUUGUCCUGUUACUUUCCGAGUGUUCACCCCUACAAGCCACAUUGUAGCCAUCCGUCAGACUGGUAAUGUUUACGCUCUGGAAGCCGUACAAGAAUUAAACAUAAAACGAGGAUUUUUAAAGGAUCUGUUAACGGAUGAGCCAUUUCAAAAAAAGGAUAUAAUCUCAUUACAGGAUCCUAACAAUCUGGAAAAAUUCAAUAUGGAAGCCUUCCAUCAUGUUAAACUUAAUUUAAAAACAAGUGCGGAAAUCGCUGCGGAAAAAAAAGCAAUGGAAAAUCCUAAAUUUUUUAUUCGGUACAUGAAUAAUGAAAUGAAAGAGACUCUUGAUAAAUUGAAUCGAGAAUAUGUUAAAAAAGAGGAAAAUGUGGAAGAAUUUGCUGAUGAAAUAAAUGCCGCCCAUUAUAGUCAAGGGCACGUUGCUGCUGGCCUUACAUCAACAACUAUGGAGCCAAUCACUCAAAAUAAAGCGGCUGUACUAGGUGAUGACACCGUUAGAUAUGCAAGGGUCACUAAACAGGGUUAUGUGCGAAUUAUAACCAAUUUUGGUCCUAUAAAUCUCGAGCUAUUCUGCAAGUUAGCGCCGCGAGCUUGUGAAAAUUUCAUCAUUCAUUGCAAAAAUGGUUAUUAUAAUAAUACCAAAUUUCAUCGAAUUAUUAGGAAUUUUAUGAUGCAAGGUGGUGAUCCAACAGGAACGGGUAAAGGUGGUGAAUCAAUUUGGAAUAAACCGUUCAAGGAUGAAAUUGUGCACUCAUUGAGCCACAACCAGCGAGGCAUACUUAGCAUGGCGAAUCGUGGUACUGAUUCCAAUCAGUCUCAAUUUUUUAUCACUUUUCGUUCAUGCAAAUAUCUUGAUGGAAAACAUACAAUUUUCGGUAAAGUUGUUGGUGGUUUAGAUACACUGGGUAGCAUCGAACGAUUAGAAACGGAUGCUGCUUCAGAUCAUCCUCUCAUGGAUGUAAUAUUUAUGGCAGCAGAAGUCUUUGUCGAUCCAUUUGAAGAAGCCGAGGCAGUCAUAAAAAAAGAACGAGAAGAGUUAUUAGCGGCCAAAAACAAGAAGGAAGCGGCAACAUCAAAGCAUUUACCUCAACCAAAAAUUUAUGGUGAUGGAGUCGGCAAAUAUCUUAACUUAAAAGAACUAUCUAAUUCAAUAAAAAGGACUUUAACUUCUGAAAACCGUAUGAUAUCUGAUAAAACUCAAAAAAAGAAAAAAUAUGUAAAAUCGAGGUUGUCUGAUUUUAGUUCUUGGUGA